AUGUCGUUUCUGAAUGCCACCAUUUACUUGUAUCUCCUGGGCUUGGUCACCUUCUUGUUUCUGUUCAAACUUUCAAGACCAAGAAAAACCCAACCUUAUAACCUGCCUCCAUCUCCGCCAAAGUUGCCGAUUAUUGGCAAUAUUGUCCAGUUAGGAACUCUUCCUCAUCAUUCUUUCAGAGACCUGUCUCUGAAAUACGGUCCUCUCUUGUGGCUACAGCUCGGUCGAAUCCCAGCUUUACUAGUCUCUUCUGCAGAUUUGGCCAGAGAAGUCCUAAAGAAUCAAGACGCAGUUUUUGCCGGCAGGUUCCAAAGCAUAUCAGCGAGAACCUUACUAUAUGGAUGCAAGGAUAUUUCCUAUGCAACCUACGGUGAAAGUUGGAGACAGAGAAGGAAAAUAUGUGUGCUUGAACUUCUCAGCCUCAAAAGGGUUCGAUCCUUUCAGGUUAUAAGAGAUGAAGAAGUUGCAGAAAUGAUUAACGAGAUACGAAGAGCCUGUGUGAGUGACACAAAUUGCUCUGUGAACAUAAGUGACCUCAUAACUGCGACCACCACCAACAUAAUAUUCAGAUGUAUAAUUGGACAGAAGUAUGAUCCAGAAGAGAGCAGUGGAAGAUUGGGGACGCUUGCGAGGAAGGAGAUGAUCCAUCGGGCGGAAUUAAUAGUGGGAGAUUUCUUUCCUUCCUUGGGUUGGAUCGAUGUUCUGAGUGGGAAAAUCCAAGAACUGAGAGACACUUUUAAAGCAAUAGAUGGGUUCUUUGAUCAGGUAACAGAAGAUCAUAAGCUGGCGAUGAAGGAGGACGACGAGAAGAAAGACUUUGUGGAUAUUCUUCUUCAACUGAAAGACAGUGAUAUGCUUGAAUUCGAACCCACCAAAGAUGACCUAAAGCAAUCAUAA